AAAGGUUCCCGUAUUCUUCUCUUCAUGGUUAUCAAUAAUGUAACCGUUUCAAUUUUCAUUAACUUCCCCCACUCGAUUCUUCUGGAGAAAAAAAAUAAUCCUAGAACAACCGCAUCUAAUUUCCUCAAAACCCCUAUUUCUUUUACAAAAUUUGAAUCGAAUUGACUUCUGAAUCCAACUCACAGAAGCGAGUGGAGAAAUUUGUUCUGUUUUCAACAAGGUCUCUCUGUACAUCUAUCUUCUACCUUGAAUCCAGAGAUACCCAGAUUUCAAGUCUACCUCCAGAGGUUAAAGUCAUUGAAUGGAUUGGGGAUCUGAUUUGUGUUGAAAUCCCCAAGGAAGGACAUUGAGAAAACCGAUUGAAAUUAAUUCUUAUGAGAACUUAAAUUAGUCAGAUUUGAGUAUCAAUCUAUUGAUGGUAUGUCGUAACCAAUUACAGGACAUGGAUAUUUAUACUGCUUUAUGGGUACUCUAUGGGUGUAGAGUUGUCAACUGAUAAUGUCAUCGCCGAGUACUUCUUUGACAGGUUUGACCUAAAGCUGCACACAUCUGGUAUAAUAGCUGGAAAUGACAACUUCUUUGCUCGCCCGAUUGGUGGUACGAGAUUUAGGCAGUAUUUUGGGAUUAGCAAAAGGAACAAGGCUAAAGAAGAUACUAAGGAACAAAGGCAAAGGAACAAGGCUAAAGAAGAUACUAAGGAACAAAGACAAAGGCAAGUGAAUAUGGAUGAUAACUCCUGGAUUUUACAUUCCUAUCUUAGACUAGUAUCCUGGAUUUCUAUAUUUUUUUAAUAAAUUCCGCUACGUAUAAUAAUUUUGGCCCCAUACUGCUGGAGGACAGAAUCUCGUAACUAGAUGCGUCUUGAGUAAUUUAAAGAAGACGACAGCUGCACUUGGAUGUGUUAAUUUUAGCACACCACCAAAUGAAGUUAUCGCUACAAGUAUGGAACCAUGUGUUGGAGAUGGAACACUUUGACCCCAGUGAGACGAUUGAAUGGCCAAAGCAAUAUGUGACUCACGCACUUGGAUGUUAAAUCAACACUUUUUUACCCCUUCUUUGUUGUUUUGUACAUAAAGUAGCUUCCGUAAUUGAAUAUAGAGAUGUUUUGGUUGUUAAGUUGUUAACUGAAUCCAAAGUUAAUUUUAAUAGAAUGGGUUACAUUU